AUGUUUUUGCUCCUUCUAGUUGAGGUUUUCGUUGUUUUACUCUUUGUCACUCCUUAUGUGCUGUUGAAUCACGAACUUCGUACAUGUUUUGGUCCUUAUGUGUACCUUUUUCACGCUUCUCUCAGUGGGCUUUCAUCUCAAACGGCACCAGUUUUUACACCAAUUCAUCGUACUGUUCCUCUUACCUCUGGUCGUGGAGGAAAUUUCCGUGGCGGUGGUGGUGGUGGCAUCCGUGGGCGUUCAGUUCUUACCCGUGGGCGUGGGGCACCGCGCGCUCUUGCUAAGCGUCGAGGAACGCGUCGUUUCAAUCGGGGUGCGGCUACGAACCCGCAGCAGAUGCGUGCUAAUCUAGACAAGGAGUUGAAUGAGUACAUGGGCGGUGGAAAGCGGUCAUGUUCUCCUCCUCGUUGGCUGAUAUACUUGGAGUACCUUAAUGCUCAUUACGAUGCUACAGUCUGUCCCGCAGGACGGAAAACACCGCCGCCGUAUGACCCCGACACUCCCCACUACACAGGUGGCUAUCAACGCAAAUCCCAACGCGGAGGCGUUGUCGUGCUCUUCCCUGUCGAGUUACUGGCUGAGCACGAGGUGUACGCACGCACCUGA